AUGGCCAAAAUCACGGCGCUCAACCUUGCGUCCGUGUUCUUCGCCGCAUCUGGCGGGUUCACCUACGGCUUUGGAUUUGGAGUGUUUACUUCCAGCAUUGGCCAGCCCGGCUUCUUUGGCUAUUUCAACCUCGUCAAGGGCAGCACCUACACAGCCAACAUCAUCGAUGCCAUCAACUCGCUCUUCGCCCUCGGUGCGGCCGUUGGAGCCCUGACACAGGGCUAUACUAGCGACUGGCUCGGUCGUCGCCGCGCCAUCUUUGCUGCUGCCAUCGUCUGCAUCAUCGGCGGCGCACUGACCGCCGGAUCCGCCGCCAUCCCCAUGCUCAUCAUCGUCCGCUUCUUCCAGGGCAUCGGCCUCGGCCAGAGCGUCACGCUGGCGCCGCUUUACAUCAGCGAAAUUGCUCCCGCACAUCGCCGCGGCUUACUGAUCGGGGUGUUCUCCGCCGCCCUCGGCACUGGCUACACGGUUGUUGCCUGGAUCAGCUUCGGGACGUACUAUGCUACCAACGAGACCGUGCAGUGGCGUGUGCCACUGGCGCUGGCCUGUGUGGCACUGAUUGCCCAGGCCAUCGGCGUGUGGUUCAUCCCAGAGUCCCCGCGCUGGCUCGUCCUCAAGGACCGCAAAGAAGACGCUUGGCACAUUGUCCGCCGGCUGCACCAUGAUCCCGGCGAUGCGGAGCAACGCAAUGCGCAGGCCGAGUUUACACAAAUCUGCCGCCAGGUGGCCUUUGACAAGAAGUUUGACGUGUCGUACUGGCAGCUGUUUCGUCGGCCCUCGUGGCGCAAGCGGUCGCUCCUGGUCCUGUUUCUCAUGUUUGCCAGCCAGAGCACCGGCGUCCUCGGUAUCGGCAACUACGCCAUCCUUAUCUACGAGAGUCUGGGCUUCACCGGCGGGCUGCCGAUUAUGAUGAACGCUGUUUACACACUGAUCGGCACAAGUGCAACCUUCCUUGGCUCCUACCUAGCCGACCGUAUCGGACGGCGAACGCUCCUAGUCAUCGGCUUCCCAAUCAACAGCUUGUUUCUCCUCGGCGAAGCCCUGCUUCAGCGCCAAUAUGUCGACGGCACCGGCGCCGCCUCGCACGCCGGCCUGUCCGCCUGUGUCCUUUUCCUGUUUCUCUACAUUGUGAGUUACGACAUUUGCAUCGAUCCCGCCUCUUUUAUUUACGUCGCAGAAGUCUGGCCAACCGCGAUUCGCUCCAAGGGCAUCGCCCUCGGCUGGUUCGCCUAUUUCAUCGGUACCCUGACCUACACCACGCCCGCCGCCCUCGCCUUCCGGAACAUCAGCUGGCGCUACUACAUGGGCAAAACGCUGGAGGAGAUGGGCGACCUGUUUGGCGACGAGGUCGUCGUGCACAUGGCCAACGACGGUCGCGGCUUUGUCGAGACGGGCGGGGCCCUCAUGGAAAGCAAAGUUGCCGGCGGUGAGGUGGUUAUGCAGGAGAUGGCUGAGACGGACCGCGAGGGUGCCGUCUGA